AAAUGGACACUUCUUCAGAACACAGAUGAUGGCUCUGGAAUUAAUAUAGAAGACGAUUAUCAAAGAACUGUGUGUCACUCCAAACUAGUUGUGGCACGACGACUUAUGGAAGAUUGUUUCGAGGAAAUUAUAGACAGGCAUACUAAAAUUGAUGUCGUUAAAAGUCUGGUCUACAACUGCGGGUAAUCUACAAUCUCUCAUCACACCAUUACACUGACGAAUAAACACAUGAACUCUCUUUAUUUCCUAAUGAAAACUUCUUGCAGGUCAAAUUUCAACAGGAUGAAUUUCAGGAGCUUUUACACAUUUAUUUUAGAAAAGGAUGAAGAGAUCAUUUCUGCAGCAACCAUAAGGAUUCAUGGAACAAACCUUGCUGAAAUGCCCUUCAUCGCGACAAAUAAGGAAUAUAGGAGAAAAGGAAUGUGCAAAAAGCUAAUGGUUGCCAUUGAAUCAACUCUUUCCUUUCUAAAGGUAGAAAAGCUGGUAAUUCCAUCAGUAUCAGACUGCAUAGGGACCUGGAUAGAAAGCUAUGGUUUUCGUCUCAUUAGCUCUCCACUACCGAAAGAGAUAACAUUGCAUAAUACAUUGAUGUUCCAUGAUUCAGUGAGAUUGCAAAAAGAUAUCCGUCCAUCCACUUCUGAUAAGCCAGAGGAGACAUGGAGUUCCCCGAAGAAAUGUGAAGAGCCAAGACCCUUUGACUUGAAUGUUGAAGCAUCUCAUCAACAGGACAAAGACUGAUAAUUAAAUUGCAUUUUCGAAGCACUAUAGUUCCUAUAUUUAUGAUAAGGAUUUCAAAUUUAGUAAAGACCUCUUAGAUAGUCAUUUACAUUUCACAGGCCAUGCCUAUAUACUAUUUUGUU